AAAAAGAAAAGAAAAAAAAUAAAAGAGCGGCGGAUAAAAUGGUGGGUUUGGAAGGUAGAAGACGAGCAAAUCUAUAUGAUCCGAUCAUCGAUCUGAUCAGACCUGAGUCCUGUUUCGGGUAAACCCAAAUUCACUGUUUCUUACUAGCUCCGAUCUAGCACGGCAACGCGCUUCUUGCUGUUCCCAUCUGGGAGUGAGGAGUAAAGAUUCGGACUUUAACCAAUCUAGACGCAUUCGCGUUUGGAAAUGAGGCAGUAGUGGAGGAGAAGGAGGAGGAGGAGGGUUUAAGAUUGUGUCUGAUGGCGUUGGAAGCGACGGCGGCGGCGGCGGUGUCGCAUAGCUGGAAGGAUGCGUAUAGAGGAAUGUCGUCGGAUAAUGUUAAGGGGUUAGUUCUGGCGUUGUCUUCCAGCGUUUUCAUCGGAGCUAGCUUCAUUGUUAAGAAAAAAGGGCUGAAGAAGGCUGGUGCUUCUGGUGUCAGGGCUGGAGCUGGAGGAUAUUCAUACCUAUAUGAGCCACUAUGGUGGGUGGGCAUGAUUACAAUGAUUGUCGGAGAAGUUGCCAAUUUUGCAGCAUAUGCAUUUGCACCCGCUAUUCUGGUUACUCCUCUUGGUGCACUUAGCAUUAUCAUAAGUGCCGUGCUAGCUCACAUUAUUUUGCGAGAGAAGCUACAUACGUUUGGCAUUUUGGGUUGUGCUUUAUGCGUGGUUGGCUCCACCACGAUUGUUCUACAUGCUCCUCAAGAACGCCAGAUUGAAUCAGUGACAGAAGUGUGGGACCUUGCUACCGAGCCUGGUUUUCUCUUUUAUGCAUCCUUGGUGAUAACGGCUGUUCUGAUUCUCAUAUUUCACUAUGUUCCACAAUACGGGCAGACACAUAUAAUGUGCUAUAUUGGUAUUUGUUCAUUAAUCGGCUCCUUAUCGGUCAUGAGUGUCAAAGCACUCGGGAUAGCCAUAAAGUUAACAUUGUCGGGAAUGAAUCAGCUACUAUAUCCCCAGACUUGGGCCUUUACUUUGGUUGUCCUGAUUUGCGUGCUUACUCAAAUGAAUUAUUUAAAUAUGGCCCUGGACACGUUCAACACUGCUGUUGUGUCACCAAUAUAUUACGUUAUGUUCACCUCUCUAACGAUCUUAGCAAGCGUAAUCAUGUUCAAGGACUGGGAUAGGCAGAACCCUACCCAAAUCGUGACAGAAAUGUGUGGGUUUGUCACGAUACUUUCUGGCACGUUUCUUCUUCACAGCACCAAAGACAUGGUGGACGGUCCCAUGGCGCACUCGCGACUCCCCAAGCACGUUGAUGAGGACGGUUAUGGUCAAGAAGGCGUGCCGUUGAAGCGCCAAGACUCCUCGAGAUUGCCAUGAUCCUUGCAUCGCUCCCGGAUGCCUCGAUUUUUUUUCUCAUUAUUCUUUUUGCCACAGUUCUGCAGCAUGAUCCACAUCACAUUCAAAGAAAUACCACACUUGGACAUUGCAUUAUUAUUGUAUUCUUUGUCCAUCAUGUAGUUCAAAGAAAGGGAAGGUGAGACUCUUGAAAUUGUAUUGUAUUCUAAUAUUCUUUUUCUAUGUAGUUCAAAGUACAAAAGGAAGAUGAAAUGUUGCCCCUUGCCACUCAAUAUGCACCUAAUGCCAUAACUGUCUCCUUUGAAGCUUGC